GAGAGAGACAGAGAGAGAGAGAGAGAGAGAGAGGGAGAGAGAGCAAGAGACCGAAUCAAACCAGAUUUUGUAGUUAAAUCCAGUGGAGCAGGAGGGUGAGAGGAAGCGGACCAAGGACAUCCAGGGGACAGUCAGUUACUGGGGAGAUCCCACCUCCAGGGAGGGAGGGCAGUGUUUACUCUGUGCUGCGUGUUGGAUGAGGUGCAUCUGGGCCUUACCAAAAAAGACAACUACAUCAUGUGGACGAACGCCCAGGUGCCUCUUGAGGAAAGCACUAGACCAUUGAAUUCCAGGCAGGAAGUGGUUCCACGGCCAGGCCUCCACAGAAGGCCCAUGACGGCUCCAAAGACUCAGAAAGACAAGGAGUCUAAGAGGAAGAGAGUGUUGCUGACUGUGCUAGCAGUUGUGGUUUUACUGGGCAUACUGGUCACCGCAGGAUACUUCAUUAAGGAGCUGAUUGAAAGCAAAUAUUUCUUCUGCAAGCGUUCAGUAAAGUUCAUCCCCAUAGAAGAAGCCUGUGACGGGAAAGAUGACUGUGCUGGAGGAGAGGAUGAAAUUACAUGUCUGUCAAGCUUUACGGACAACACUACCUUUCCAGUGCGUCUCAUGACAGAGCAGCUGGUCCUGCAGGUGUACAGUAGUGGCCCAGGUUGGCGGAGUGUGUGUAGCGACGACUGGACUGAGCAGCACACACAGACAGCAUGUAAACAACUGGGCUACACAUAUAAACCUCGUAACACCAGUGUCCCAGUGGACACCCUGACAUCUUUCCUAAAAACUGGACCAUUUACAGCUGUCAGGCCUGGGACUACGAACACACCCAUACAUCAGGCUACCAUUGACCGCAGUGUAUGCAGAUCCGGAUCUGUGGUAUCUUUGUCCUGUUCAGACUGUGGAAAGGUGCACCCUGAGGACCGUGUUGUUGGGGGUACAGAUGCUGUCAUUGAAGACUGGCCCUGGCAGGUUAGCCUGCAGCAGGGAGGCCAACACACAUGUGGAGGCUCACUGGUGUCACCGAGUUGGGUUGUCACUGCCGCCCACUGCUUUACUGGCAGUAAAAAGGAGCUGAGUCGCUGGAGAGUGGUGUCAGGCCAGACAUACAUGGGCACACUUGGAGGUUCCUGUGUGGACAGGGUCAUAGUGAAUGGAAACUACAAUUCAGCACAAAAUGACUACGACAUUGCACUGAUGAGACUCUGCAGCCCAAUCACAGUGGGAGUGGGCCGCAAGCCGAUUUGUUUACCUCCUAAAGCCUUUGGCCUUCCUGCCGAAGCCUCCAUGACUGUGACUGGCUGGGGAUACCUGAAGGAAAACGGUAAGGUUUCUCCUUCACUUCAGAUGGCCUCUGUCCCUCUGAUAGACCGGGCGCAGUGUUCCAGCCCCACAGUGUAUGGUAGUAUCAUAACCCAAAGGAUGAUCUGUGCUGGUUUCCUGCAGGGGGGAGUGGAUGCCUGCCAGGGGGACAGUGGGGGGCCUUUGGUGUACUUCACCUCUUCUCGUUGGCAUCUGGUUGGAGUGGUGAGCUGGGGUGUUGGCUGUGCUCGGGAGAGAAGGCCAGGUGUCUACUGCAACGUUGAAGAGAUGCUAAACUGGAUUCAUACAGUCGUUGAGGAAAACCCCUGAGGUCCUCUAUCAUGCUGAGCAGCCACCUCAAGACUCAGUCCAGUCUACCUUGGACACUGUGAAACUAAAAGAAAGCUUUUGUUUCAACAUGGUUGACUGGAGAUGGGAGAAGGAAGGGGGAAUUUGAAGAUCAAUCUCAGCAGCAACAUAAAUGAACUGCUAAACACAGCCACACACACACACACACACACACACACACACACACACACACACACACACACACUUCAAGUGUUGUUAUUGUGCCAUUUCAGGCUCUUGUCUCAGGGGACAAGUAUAUUUAUGUAAUGUGUCUCUGGCCAGUCUGGGCCAGUCUGAUUCGUGUUGGAAUGGAUGACAAUAGAAUAUUUGGUAUUGACGUGAGGAGUUAGCAAUAUCUGUACAAACCGUUUUAACUGUGAUUUUGGAUUUUACCAGACUGGCAGACCUCAGACAUAAUGUACUUGAUUAUGUGCUAUGAUUUACUGUGUCCAAUGUGUUAUGAGGGUUUAUACA